AUGGCUUGGCCGACCAAAAUUUCUGGGGCCGAUGGAUCAGUAAUCACGGGACAUCACGGCCGUGGUCGAGCAAGACCGAGUAGUGCAUCUUCCUAUGCUUCGGCUACACAGAUAAGAGGCCGAGGAGGACGCGGUGGAGACUCCAUUAGGGGACGUGGCACUCAGUGGAACCGCGGUCGUGGACGUGGUGCAACUAAAGCAUCACGUACUGAAGAGAGUGAUACCAACAAAGAGAGACUUUGUUUUGUUUGCGGAGAUCCUAACCACCUUGCUAAAGACUGUACCAGGCGGUUCCAGUCAACGCAUGGACGAAUAGCAGAUAAAGCUGCAAAAUAUGGCGAAGGUUGUCCGUCGGGGCCACCGUCGAGAUAA